AUGGCCAUGAAGAAACUCUAUGCCAAGACCUCGUUCAGCAGCAAGAAACCCAAUGCCGUGGUGGCCUCCUCGGGCCCCAUCCUGGCCUACCACCAGUCCACCGGCCCCGCCGGCGGCAUGUGCGAGUUCCAGGCGCCGAAGGGUGCCCCCGUGGCUGCCACACAGCCCGCCGGGGAGUUGAUUCGUCGCAGCCAGAGCCUGCACCGCGUCAAGGGCCUGUCCGAGUACUACAGCAUCGAGGAGCUGCAGGAGCUGGAUCUGCUCGACUACCGCCAUCCCAUGUACCACCACUACCAGCAGCAGCAGCAGCAGCAGCAGGAGCUGCUCCUGCGCCAGCGGUCGGCCUACCACGAGCACGAGCAGCUCGUCCUGCAGCUGCCGAAGGCCGACCGGGGCGCCGCACCCAUCUACGAAGCGCCCCACCAACAACACCAGCGAUCCGUCCAGGAUCAGUCGUUGUAUGUACAGCCACCAUCAGCCACAGCUGCCCCAGUUGCAGCACACACGAUAGCCACUCCAUCCACAUCCACAUCAGCAUCAGCAUCAGCAUCAACCUCCCAUUCCAGUGCUUCGUCCUCCUCCUCGUCGUCGGUUAUAUUUUCCACUCUACGCAAAUGCGUUUCCCCCUCCGAUCCAACGACCUCUAACCCCUCCUACCCUUCUAAGGCUGGCCCAUCGAGACUUGGCUGUUCCAUGUCGUUCUCAAUUAGAACAAUCCCAUCAUCAUCAUCAACACAGCAGCAGCAGCAGCAACAUCCACAUAAACAGCAUCUCUACAGCAACAUACAUCAUUACCUGCAACAACAACAGCAACACAACAGCAGCAACAACAACAACAUGCAACACAACAUAAUACAGAAACAACAACAACAACAGAAUCAGCAACGAAUCCUCCCUCAGCGUCGCCAUAAUUCGGUCAAAGAUAAAUCCAUUGGGGGCAUGACAACAAUUUUUGCUGAGCAGAGCAUUAUCGGGGCACGCGCCUCUGUGAUGGUCUACGACGACAACCAGAAGAAGUGGGUGCCCUCGGGGAGCUCGUCGGGACUGAGCAAGGUGCAGAUCUACCACCACCAGCAGAACAACACGUUCCGGGUGGUGGGACGGAAGCUGCACGACCUCGAGGUGGUGAUCAACUGCUCGAUCCUGAAGGGGCUGAAGUACAACCAGGCCACGGCCACGUUCCACCAGUGGCGCGACUCCAAGUUCGUCUACGGGCUGAACUUCUCCAGCCAGAACGAUGCGGAGAACUUCGCCCGGGCCAUGAUGCACGCGCUGGAGGUGCUCAGCGGCCGGGUGGCCAACAACCCGGGCGGACAACCGACCAAUGGCAACGGGUACGAGGAGGACAUGGGCUACCGCACCAUGACCAGCGAGGAUGCGGCCAUUCUCCGGCAGAACAACGGCAUUGCCGGCCACAUCACGCCCUCGGCCCAGACGCCCACUUCGCAGACCAACCAGAAUAACAUACCCCAGAGUCCGCCGACGCCCCAGGGCCACCAUCGCACCAGCAGCGCACCGCCGGCCCCCCAGCCGCAGCAACAGCAGCAGCAGCAGCAGAUGGCCCCGCCGGGACCCCAUUACAGACCGCCCGCCGGCAACGGACCCACGCCCAACGGCCUACCGCCGCAGGUGAACCCACAAAUCCCCCCGGCCCCGGGCCAGGCCCUGCAGCAGCCGCAGCAGCCCCAACAACAGCCACAGCAGCCGUACCAGCAGCAGCAGCAGCAGCAACCCGUCUACGCCGCCCAGCAGCAGCAGCAGCAGAUGGUCCAGGCGGGCUAUCCGGGUCCCUCUCAGUACCAGCAGCCGCACUACGUGCUCUCCAAUUCUAAUCCCAAUCUCAAUAUGCAUCAAUACCCGACACAGCCCCCACAGCAGUCUCUGCCGCAGCAGCAGCAGCCCCAGCCGCCGCAUCAGAACGGGGGCGGACCCAUUUACGUGGUCUCGCAGCCCGGCCACGGACACGGCCACAUCCCGAGCUCGGCCAGCGCCAACAGCGUCGUGUACGCCAGCCAGCAACAGAUGGUCCAGCAGCAGCAGCCGCCACAGGCGCCAGCCAUGCCCGCUCCCGGCUACGGUCCGCCCCAGGCACAUCCACAGCCGCCGCCGCAGCAGCAGCAGCAGCAGGCGGAGAAUCCGUAUGGCCAGGUGCCGAUGCCGCCGCCCAUGAAUCCGUCACAAGGCCAGAUCCCUCUGAACCGCAUGAGCAGCCAGGGCGGGGGCCAGCCCGCUGCUCCAGCCCCGCCCCCGCCGCCGCCCACCUUCGGCGGAGCUCCGCCAGCGCCGCCACAGAUGUUCAACGGAGCCCCGCCUCCGCCGCAGCCGCCGGCUCCACCGGCGCCACCAGCGCCGCCAGCCAUGGGCGGACCGCCAGCUCCGGGUGGUCCCGGGGGUCCUGGCGCCCCUCCUCCACCGCCUCCGCCCCCGGGAAUGGGCGGAGCGCCCAAAAAAGAUGACCCCCAAGCAGAUCUCAUGGGCUCGCUGGCCUCCCAACUGCAACAGCUCAAGCUCAAGAAAAACAAGUCCACGACUUCUGCUCCGGAGAACAGUGGCAGCAGCACCUCCAGUGGAGGCAGCGGAAACUAUGGCACAAUCGGACGCAGCUCCAAUGGCAUGGCCUCCAUGAUGGACGAGAUGGCCAAGACGCUGGCGCGGCGUCGUGCCCAGGCCGAGAAGAAAGAGCCCGAUCCUGAGCCCGAGGUGAAGCAGCGUCCGUGGGAGAAGUCCAACACGCUGCCCCAUAAGCUGGGCGGCGGUGCCGGAAACGGCUCUGGGACGAACGGGCCCAACGGCAGCUCUGGCGGAGCUGGCAGCAACACAACGAACAGCGGCGGGGAAUCGCCACGACCCAUGCGAAAGCGCUUCGGCAGUGCCAGCGAGGAGACCAUUCUGAAGGUGAACGGCGAUGGCCUGUCCCUGGCACUGUCCAACGGAGACUUGGACACACUGAAGGCUGAGAUAGUGCGCGAGAUGCGCCUGGAGAUCCAGAAGGUCAAGAACGAGAUCAUAGAUGCUAUCAAAUCGGAGUUCAAUCGCAGAUAG